AUGUUAUAUUUACAAACACUACAAAGAUACCUUCACUUUACCGAAGAGGAUCGUCAACCACACAGACUACCAAUUUAUUCUAAUACAUCUAAUGAAGAUUCAAAUGAGUCUAAAAUUGUCUUUAAAAAUAAAGACAGCGACCUAAGACGUAUAGUUGAUGCUGAAGCUUUGUUGGAGGAGAAUGGAUUCAUUAAAAGUCAGUUAUUAUUAAACUUAGUGGGAACAAAUAAAAGUAAAAUACAUUGGGAUAAUGAAGACACAGUCAUAAUUGAUAAUGAAAAAAUUCCUGGAAGUAAUAUCGUUGAUUUAAUAAAUGAUUCACUAAGCCCCUUAAAAAGAAGUGAUCCGAUAGGGUGGGAUAGAUUUGCUAAAGCAUUAAAAGAUAUUAAAGUACCACUUACUUAUAUUGGAAACCCAAAAAGAUGUGACUUUAUUAAUCAGCUUCAAGCAAAUGAUCUGAAAAUAACCUCUGAGAUUGAAGAUCAAGAGUUUUCUACACCGAGCAGUGAAGAUAAAAGAUCUUUAAAUAAAAUACGGAGAAAGCUCGAAUGGGAAAAAUGGACCCCGUAC